AUGGAGUUGGAUGAGCGGAAAAUGAAAUUGUGUUUAUAUUCAUCCACUUAUCAGGAUAACGCACAGUUGCUGAAGAGAGGUAUGAAAAGAAAGGAGAAAAUUCACGAACAACGUAAGCACAAAUGGGAUAAGCGACUGGAGACGGUGGCGGAUAAACAGUCGAAACGACAAGAAAAACGCGAUACAAAUCUGCAGGCGCGAAGAGAUGUAGUCAAAAAGAAGAAACUCGAUAAAGCAAGGAAGAAAGGACGAAUCAUUAGCUGA